AAUCACAGCUUGCAGCAGCAUUAUGUAUCUCCUUACCUGUCGCAUGCCCUUACACAUGAGUUAUCUGUGGACAUGUCUCCACGGGCCUGCACUGACCAUACGAUGCUCCAUUAUGUUUUAUCUGCUGAAAAGCAUGGAUUGUGUCCCACAUACCACACAAACUAUGACGCGUAAUAGUUCGUAUUAUCAGAAUGGGAUCAUCCGUUGUCUGAAAUGCCCAGCAGGAAACUUUGUGAAGAAAGACUGUGUAAUAUCUAAUACGCAGGGGGUAUGUGAAAUGUGCAAUCCAGGGAAGACAUUUAGUGAGUACGAAACUGGCCUGGACCGUUGCCUCACUUGUACCCGAUGUCGGGAAGAUCAGGAAGAGCUGUCACCAUGUAACAUCACUAAAAACACAGUUUGUCAGUGCAAGAAUGGAACCUACUGCCCUGCCAAUUCUCCAUGUAACAAGUGUCUGCUGUGUAGCUCAAGUUGUCCUAGCGGACAGGUUUUGCAGCAAACUUGUAAUACCACAUCAGAUAUCGUAUGUGUUCCUGUAAGAACCCGUCUAUCAGUCAGAUCUUGGACCAUUCCUGUCGUCAUCAUCGGCAUUGGUUGUCCUGCAGUUUUUUUUUGUUGUCUUUUGAAAUAUAGACUUAUCGGAACCCCUUCUAGUCAAUCUUUGGAUAAUAAUACAGAAUGCAGCUAUGGACCUGAAUGUGGUGACCUAGAGAGAAAGUCGCAGGAGACAAACCCAGCAGGACUGGCGGACAAGGUGUUGCUGCAACAGCAGGUCACGGCUGAUGUCAGAUCAUAUCAAGGUCUUCCACCGAACUCCCCCUUGGGCCAGUGCAAUGGUGAUAGAUUGUAUAAUGUCCUCCUGGGGAACACCCUAUAAAGGGCUAUUAAUGUACUAGAAUAACUAAUUCUACCUUCUCUUUUCCUUCAGUGAGGAGGUUUGGACAACUGGUGAGGUUAAAAGACUUUGGUUUCUUCUGGUUGAAAUCCGUAUCUGCAGUUGCAGGCUUCUUGGUGAUAUAUAUCAUGGAAGCUAAGCCACCCUAGGCCAGGCCCGAAGCCCUUAAAGGUCCUAGGCUAAAGCUAUGGAACAAAUGUACAACUUAUCGGCACAGUCCUUUUCUCUCCCUCUGUAGAAAUUCUGGGACACCAGCUUCUCCAGGACAUAAAAGGGUACUUUGCAGGAGACAGGAGGGCUUCAUGUUGUCUUUCCUAGGCCCAAUCACGCCUCUCUCCUCUGUGAGGAGACUAUUCUCACAACACACAGACAUAAUCACGAGUAAAACAAAGCAUUGACCUAUGAUACCAACUCACAAGCCCCAGAGGACUCCCAGUGGGACAUUAAAUGAAUAUCUCACAAAACGACAAAAAUGACUGUGUCAUUUUGCAUACCGUACCUUGUAUGGUGGUCCCCAAAGUCAGAUUUACUACGUUCAGGUAGGGUUCCCCCAGGUGGGACGGCCCCUAGUCGCCUCUUUUCUUUUCUAAUUUUAUACAUUAUAUUAAAUAUAUACAUUUAAACAUUACAUUAGUAUGCUUACCUUGGUAGUGUCGCAGGACCUUCGGUCAUGUGACUAUGUUAAUUCCUCUAUAGUAUGUUGGAGGACCUUUGGAGGUCCUUGGGCCACAUGAUUACCCAUAACUCUUUGUACAGAUAAUUGACAGAAGUAUUGGACCAAUUAGCUUAAGGCCAGCCCCUGCCCAUAUAAGGGAGCUGAAGCCAAUGAUCGCUCUCUUCGGUUGCUGCUCUCGUGAAUGCUGGACUAUUAGGACGGAUCUGCGCAACUUACAAAGACAAGCUAGGCCAGAAGUCUGCUGGCCUCAGCGUGAACUCAAAACGUGAGUCUUAAACUGAAUCCCCGCUAAAGCUAGCGUGACUGCUGGACCUCAGCUAAAUCCCCUAAAUCCAGCGAAACAGUGCAUAUCAGUCUACGGACUCUAAAACGCUUAAGGUCCCAACCACUGUCAAUAUCUAAGAGACUUUGCUUGUACAGAGACUGUUCCGGUUAUAAAGCUUGCAUAAAAUCUUCAGUAAAAGUUCUGACUGUUUUCAGCAAACUCUCCGGUUGUGGACAUUCAAUUAUUUCAUACCUCCCUAUCGCUCUUGGGAAGGGUGGCGGUAGGAAAGGAUUACAGAGGAGCCCUCACCCUGGCACCACGAGUAGAAAGGGUUAAACAGACCCCAUUAAAGUACUGCACCGCUACACCCCAUAUACCCUACACCCCCAAGCUACCACAGGACAAUAACCCAUGUGUGGAAAAUGUAGAGUGGUAGCAAGCAAUAUAACUAUAGGUAUAAACCUACAUCUUUUAAUUGGGGUCAUUAAAAAUGAUCUUAUGCAUAGAUAUUCCUGUUAGGCCUUGUUCACAUCUACAUCUCAUCCAGAAAAUGGAGCCGGACAGUUGAUCCGGCUCCAAGGGGGUCACUUGUCGCCGUUGUGGCGGGGUCAGGAGAGGGAUCUGGAGGUACUAGUGGACGGCAUGAUGGCCAUAUUGGAUGGAGUGUGGAGGUGGACUGGGAGUGGUUCCCGGCCCGAUGGUGAAGUCCAGGUGGACAUGGGAACAGGAAAUUUUGUGGGCUUCACAAAUGGUGCUCCUGGGCAGGUGAGCUACGGCUAGGAGCCCCACCCACUUUUGGUUCAGUAACGGUGCCUUCAGGUUCUUCUCCUGCGCUAGGAAUAAUUUAUAAGUUGUUGUGGGUUCUGUUUACAUGUAUGAUGUUCAUACAACGGUUAUAUUUUAUAAUGUUUUAAUUGGUUGUCUAAUAAAGUAAACUGCUGUGGC